AGUACCCUUCAGAGACUGACUGCUAUCCUUAUUUUAGAGAGCUGCAUGUUCAGCCUGUUCCACAGUACGAUUGUGACAAGCCUUACGUCUCUAUCACCAUUGGAAAGUAUCUGGGCAACAAGAUGUGUCAGUACGCCAGCCUGUACCUCUUGCGUCAUCUGUUUGGAGUCCGGGUGUCCAUACUCAAUGAUAUGUACACAACCCUUGACAAAAUCUUCAAGAACAUCACUUUGCCGAUCAAGAAACUAGGCUGUUUCAAACACAAACCAAAGGAAAUCACCUACUUGGAACUGUACGACAAGUUGUACAGGACUGCGGCUCAGGUCCGGAGCAACACCUCCUCCAAUCUAAUCACUGAGCCUCUGUUGAAAACUUCCUACCACAUCAAAGACUACCCUGGACCACGAGACCUCUUUCUGGAACACCGAAAACUGAUUCAGUCCCUGUUUAAGUUCCGAGAUAAGGUCCUGGAAAAUGCCACACGGAAUAUCAACAACGCUCUUAAGAGUUUCAAUGCGACGUAUCACCAAAGGGACUUCCCAAUUGUCACUGUUCAUGUCAGACGGACGGACUACACAAGGCACUUGAAGAACCGGAUGAAUCUAACCCAACUGGACAAACUCUACUACAACAACGCCUUUGAGUUCUACAAGAAACGGUUGAAGCGCCCUCUGUUUCUGGUGGUAAGUGACGACCCAGAAUGGUGCAGGGAAAUGCUACAGGCAGAGGACGUGCUAAUCAUUGCUUCGGAGGUCAAACAAGAAGACAUGGCGGCGAUGAGCUUAGGAGAUCAUCAUAUUAUAAGCUACGGGACCUUCAGCUUCACGGGAGCCUUGCUGGGGAAUGGCAACAUAACACACCCGCUCACCACCAACCCUCGCUACCGUCUUGUGAAGUGUGUCAAGUCCCCAGUCUUUUACAAUGUUGAUAGGGGUGACAAUCAGCAAUAUAGUGAAUGAAGGCAAUUUUGUUGUUUAUUUGCUUCUACUUUGAUGUUUUUUCUUAUCAUUCUUUACUUGAUUCUAACUUUUAUUAAUAUUUUUUAUCAAGUUUUUGUCCUGUCUCUUCUGCUUAUUUUAUACUCUUGUUUGUAAAUAUUUUCUAUAUUGAUUCUUUUUCUUUUAGCUUGCUUCCAACAAAGCUAUAUAUCUUUGUAGGAGACAUUACCAUUCAUGUCUCUACUUUUUUAAAAUUUCUCUCUUUACCAAACAAUGUACAGUAUAUUGGAUGAUUGCUAUCUUGUAUUAUGUAUUAUGUAUUAUUUAAAAAAUAAAGAAACAAUUUUGACUUUUAUAACAUCACAUCACUAUUACUAUAACAACAACUAUCAUUACUAAACUUUAAAACUAUAAUGAAAAUGAGUGAAAUUUUAGACAUUAGUAAAGUUAAAAUUAAAAAUAUAUUGAUACGUACAAGAAA